AUGAACAGCAGUGAGGACAGAGCCUGCAACAGGUUCACCGUUGCUCGACUGGUCCAGUCUCUGAUAAUGGUGCAGACGGUGGAGGAAAUAAAUAAAAGUGGGGAGCUGGGAAACCUGACUCUUGGAUAUCAUAUAGUGGACUCCUGUGCUGAUGUUACCACAGCCCUGAAAAACGCCAUGUCCUUUAUGAAACGCAACACAGCAGAUCCCAGCAUGGAUGGUGAAAAGAAGCCCUCCCCACCUGUCUUGGCUGUCAUUGGUGGGUACUACUCUGAGAUAUCCAUUGCAGUUACGAGGCUACUCAACUUGGAAAACAUCCCACAGGUUAGUUAUGGUUCAACCUGCGGCCAACUCUGUGAUAAAACACGUUUUCCCAGCUUUAUGCGGACAGUACCAGAGGAUGAUCAUCAAGUUCGUGCCAUCAUAAGUAUUUUAACAAGGAACCAAUGGACCUGGGUUGGUUUAGUGGCUACUGAUAGUGAAGCUGGUCGCUAUGCUGUUGAGCGCCUCCAGGAACAUGGCAAAAACAACAACAUCUGCUUUGCCUUCAUCAGUAUUCUCCCAGAAGUUCUGGUUGACAAGUCACUCGAGGAUUGUAUCAGUGACACAGUCAAAAGUAUAACUGAAAACAGAAACGUGAAUGUCAUCGUGUCCUUUGCCAAAGCUUACCAUAUGUUGGACCUUUUCAGAAGUCUACUCAAGGAUCCUCGAGGCAGGGGGAAAGUUUGGAUAGCAAGUGAUAACUGGUCAGAAUCAACCAAGGUGCUAGGAGAAUGGAGUUUAAGUGAUGUGGGAACAGUUUUUGGGAUCAUAUUCAAAUCUGGAAACACAGAAAGAUAUAGAGAGUAUCUCCAGAAUCUUGAUGUAGACCCUGAUCAUCAUAAGAACAACACAUUCUUGUCUAAAUAUCUGAAGAUAAAACAGAAAGAACAGGCGAGAGGGGAGACAGGCAAGCCAAAUGCCAAUGCCAGUGAGGGAUUGGUACAGAAGAUAUAUCCAUCUGGUGUUAAUGUGGAGUUAGCAGUCAGAGCCAUCGCUAAAGCUGUUGCAGAUCUCUGUGUCAACAGGGACUGUAGGACGACGCAGAGAUUACAGCCCUUGGAGCUACGAGUAGCCAUGAGGGAAGCAAAGUUUGACAUGGAUGGGAAAACCUACAUGUUUGACCGCAGGGGUGACCUCAACAUAGGAUAUGAUGUCAUCCAAUGGAAACAGACUUCACCAUCACAGUUGGAUGUGCACUACAUUAUUGCUGAUGCAGCAGAGUGUCAUCCGUGUAACACCACCACUGAAUACUCCUCACUUGGUAGAGACCGUUGUCUCAGAAAGAUGGUUGUCUUCAUGAAAUGGGAUGAUAUUUAUCAUGAAAUACUGUUGGCGUUUACUGCCCUAGGAGCCCUGCUUACCGUCAUUGUUGGGAUCAUCUUCCUCGCACACUGGAAUACCCCUGUUGUACGUGCAUCGGUUGGCCCGAUCUGCCUCCUCCUCCUCUUCUCACUUUUCUUCACAUUUGCAAGUGUGACAUUAUUUGGUGGUAAACCCAAGCUUUGGCAGUGCCAAGCACAACAGGUUGUGUUUGGCUUGAGUUUCACCCUUUGCAUCUCCUGUAUCAUGGUCAAGUCCUUUAAGAUCAUCCUGGCCUUUGAGUUUGACCCCAGUGUCAAGAGAGUAUUGAAAAAGCUCUAUAAGCCCUAUAUCAUUAUUGCAUUAUGCUUUUUGGGUCAAGUGCUCAUCUGUGCCCUGUGGCUCGCCCUCAAGUCUCCAGAACCUGAAUUGGAUAAAACAGCAGAAAGAACAGAGCGUCUGUACACGUGCAAUGAGACUUCAUUAGUUGCAUUUGGAGCCAUGUUAAGCUACAUUGGUCUUUUAGCUCUCAUCUGUUUUGGUAUUGCUUUCAAGGGCAGAAAGCUGCCUCAGAGUUACAAUGAUGCAAAGUUCAUUACCUUUAGUAUGCUCAUUUACUUCAUCUGUUGGAUCAUCUUUGGCCCAGUUUAUGUAAGCUUCAAAAACCAGUACUGUCCAGCGGUGGAGAUGGUCGUUAUUCUCAUCUCGGCCUACGGCAUCCUGUUCUGUCAGUUCAUCACUAAGUGUUAUAUUAUUCUCUUCAAGCAGAAAGCAAACACAAAGAGCGCGUUCCUUCGAGAUGUUCGAAACUUUUCCUUGGGCAGUGUCAAGGAUGAGAAGGAUGGAGAUUUUGUCUCACCUUCACUGAGCUUGGAGGGAAUCCAGAACCCUGCGUUAGAUGUAGAGCCCCCAGUGAUAGAUCCACCAAGAUGUCAAAGCCAGCACUCAAGCUCUGAUGUGUUACCAUGCUCUCUUCCUUAA